ACACACACACACACACACACACACACACACCCCCCUCCUGCAGGUCUCCCAUGUGAGGAAGAGCUGCGUCAGGUCAGCCACAAUUAGCCACAGGAUAACUUACAGAAUAUGUUAGUGUACCUUCAAAAUAAAAGCACUUGGGAAAAAUAUUAAAGCCCCUAAUUCCUUUGAGAUGAGAAUUUGUUAAUUCAUAGACCAUAAUAUUUCAGGUACCUACAUUUUGUGAUAUGAAAAUUACAUCCCCAUUUUUAAUAAAGGGUUGCAACUCACAAUUAUUUUGACUGACAGUCUGAAACUAUAUUUGAUCUAAGAAAUUGUCCCCCCAGAAAUAUGAAAUGUCCGUUGCAGUUUUAUGUUUUCCCCUCAUUUGCUCAAUGGCAAUAACAAGUCUGGGCUACCUCCACCUUAACUAAAUCCUUAUAUGUUAGCUUAUUGUAUAGUUAUUGAUCCGUUUUUUUAAUGACCUGGUUGAUGACAAAUACAUUGUUGUUUAAAACAUGUCCAACUUAGACAAAGGCCAUAGCCUAUGAAUGAUGUCAUUUUAAUUAUCAUCGAACAGUUCCAUUAUUGCUCCUGCUUUCAAUUGAUGCUUUUGUUUAGGUUCUCCUUAAAAGUGUCGUUUAUUUAAUAAGGUUUGAUAGUUCUGGGUUGUGAGGUGACUCAAUUUAGCAUGUAAUACUUUUUCUAAGAGUUGGAACUCGGCCACACUGAUAAGGGCUUUAUUUUGAAAAGCACCUAAGGAAAAGCUUCUUCCCGUUCUCUCUGGCUUGCUUCACGCUGAUGUGAAGGUGCAGCACCCCCUCAUCAUUCCUAUCAGAAGUGCUGCUGCUGCUGGGGUCCUGUAACUCUCUCUCUCUCUCCCUCCUCCUCCUCCCAUCUCAUACUUUUGAUGGGGGGUGUAGCAGUGAAGUCACAGUGAUGUCAUUUUAGGAUGUGAGAGUGUGGGCAAGGUGAUCUGGUUUUGCGGUGAGUGGUGUCCCUUCCACGACCAGCGUUGCCUGUACAGAGGCGCGGAGCGGCGAAAGAUGAUCAUCGCCACCGGCACCAAUUCAAGCUCCUACGCGCUCUGCCCCUCUCCUCCUGCUCAGAUCUCGGGCUAUGGAGCCCUGAUCUGCCUUGAUCCCAAAAUAAGCCUUUACCACCACCAUGCCAAAGGACAACAAAUAAGAAGAGUUGCAUUUUUAGGGCAGGUAACUUUGACCACGUGCCCCAAAGGUAAACUGGAUGGCCAUUGCGCAAAGGUGCCUCUACAGCAUGUCCAGCUGGGCCAGGACGCACUGGACGCUGCCAGCAGUUCUUGUACUGUGGACUUCUCUCUUGGGGAUCGUUUCAUCCUAUCCGAUUCCGAGCAGGACUAAUGCCACUUUAAUGGAAAAGAAGUGGGAGACGCUCUUCUCCCGCUCCUACCUGGGUAUAGCCGGGGGGAAAUCAGAGCUGAACUGGGAGAGUGACUAUUUGCAGGGCAUCAAAAGAGUGCGGCGACUGUACUGCAACGUGGGCAUUGGGUUUCACCUGCAGGUGCUCCCGGAUGGCAGGAUAAGCGGUGCACACAAUGAGAACCAAUACAGUCUAAUAGAGAUCUCCACGGUGGACCGAGGAGUGAUCAGCAUGUUCGGGGUGCGGAGUGAGCUGUUUGUCGCAAUGAACAGCAGGGGAAGGUUAUACGGAACGAGAGUCUUCGUAGACGAGUGCAAGUUCAAGGAGACGUUGCUGCCCAACAACUACAACGCCUAUGAGUCUUUUGUUUACAAGGGCUUCUACAUCGCCCUCAGCAAGCAUGGCCGUGCAAAGAGAGGCAACAAGGCCACCACCGCCAUGACCGUCACACAUUUCCUCCCGCGACUAUGAGAGACACUGGCAAUAACUCAAUAAUUUGCACAUGUGGAUGUUCUUCCAGGUAAUAAGAAAUGCAUAGUCAUGAUAUACACACACUGAUGGACUGCGAAAGAUAACACAUAUAUUUAUUCUGUUUAUAUAUCUGUAUAUUUGGAUAGCUAUCUUUGUAUAUGUACUGUGCUGCUUAUUGUUUUUAUGGACGGGGAGAGUUGAAGCCUUUGCCUGUCUCACUUUACCUUGGUGCUUGCUGUAACUGAAGUACGUGUCACUUCCUUUUUGGAGAUGGAGGAUGAGCUAUAUCCUGUGCUUUUAAAGAGUGAAAUUAAUACUUUUUAUUACCUCAAAGAACCACUUUACUAGAUUAAGGGAUGCAUGGAGUUCUGCUCAAAUAUCUGCUAAGUUUAUGAUUUCUUUCAAACCUUUUGAGCGCUUGAUGGCUCCCUGCUCGAUUAUUGAUGUCCGGCAGAGGGAGAAACUUAACUGCACUACCUUUGCUGCACGAUUUAAAGGUGCCUUGGUGUUCCCACUUGUGGCCCCCUUAAACUUGCAUGUAAGAGACACCCGCCGGAGUCAGAAAUAGGGCUGACACUCCGGAGAGGGCCUCAGAAGGGGCGGGGGAGGUUGACUAUCUCUGGUUUCUUUUCUUUUCUGUAAUUAGAUCGAUUAAGUAAUCUACAGUCUGUGGUUGAUACCAGAGAGCGGUCAGCCAUGGAGAGUGGCACCAGGCCAUAAGUUUGACUGUGUGGCAUUGCCAGCUGAUAAACAGGGUGGAAUACAUAUCUAUCCAAGCAUGGAGGACAUUUUUGUUUGGACCUGGCUUGCACAAGAAUAGACUGAAAUGGUAAAUUGCAAGCGCACAGUAGAACUGUACCUGCACAUUGUCCUGAACUGAGCUCCUACAGUAAAGCGGGUUGCUGUUUUUUGAAUCGCAAAGCUUAAGCUGCUGCUGAAAAUGAUGUCUAAUGUCCAUGAAACCAAUGAAAAACAAUGUAAAUAGUUGCUAGUGAAAAAGAAGAAUUCAGGAGCUUUUUGGCGCUGCUUGUGUCGCAGUUGCCUGAACGAGGCAAAAAGAGUUCAGGUUGCACAGUUAGCCAUCGAUGAUGGUGCCUGAAUGUUUCGGUGAGAAUCCUUCCCUCGUUUGUUUCUUUGAAUUGAUCUCUGUGUGUGCGUGCCCUGGGCCAUUUCCCAAUUCAUUUGACUGUGUGCUCUGCAGCAGCACUGCAGUGGCAGCGAGGUGUUUGGAGCUGGAGGCAGACAGUUGAAAUUCAAUUAUGGAUGAGUCAAUCGUGUCUCCUCCGAAGGACUAAAGGACAGUGCAGUGGAUGCACGCUAAAAGAAAAGUCAUAAUUUAUAUUUUUUUGUUUGAUUUUAUAAAUACGAGGCAUAAAACAUGUUCAUAGAAGCGCCUUUUCAUAUAUAAAGGGUAUUAUUUAUUUAAGUAUUGGUAUGCAAGCUGGUAUUUUGUUUAAAGCUCAAGAUGUAUCAUGUGUAUUGCCAUUACAGUUUACAUGUUCCAAGGGGUCUUUUCUUUCUUCUCUCACUUUCAGAGAAUCUUAAAGUGUGCAUCCACGCCUGACUUUCUGCAGCUGUUGACUUGAAAACCUGAAUUUGCUGCUUCCAUCUGUUCUUGUGUUCAGAGAGGAAGCAGGACUAUUUAAAUCCAGGAAAGACGAAUGUGCGGGUGCCGGCCCGCUGUCUUUGUUGUUCGUUAAACUUCCUGCAGGAAUGUGGAUCUGCCAGGAUGACAGGCAUCCUCCCACAUACCUGAGCGCCCCCUCCCCUCUCUGAGCUCUGUCACUCCGCACCACCCACCUCUGCUCGUCCCUUACCCCCUCACCCACUGCGGACAGGGACCUUGGGAUUCCAGCUGUAACCCAGGAGCUUCCUCCUCUCCUUUCAGCCUUUUUUAGUUCAAGGUCAGAGUCAUGGACCAGCCUUGGCCCCAACCCCAGUGGCCGGGGGUGUUCGGCUAUAUGGGUCGUACUGUUUCCAUGAAAUAGGAAUUUGAAGUAUCCUUUUCACGCAGGAAACUCUUCAUUUUAAUUGAUUGAAGUAAUACAGAAGAGUUGCUCUUCCACUAACCAUGGAUAUAUCCUACAGUUCUUCUGAAACAACCCUUCUUGAUUUAUAGAGCCCCGCCUUUUUAAAAUGCAGCUCCACCACAUGCUUCCCUCUCCCCUUUUCUUGGUACUUUUGUCAGAGUAUUUUUGGGAUGGGGACAUCUGCAGAGUUAAUGCAGUGUGUGAGCAGCAGGCAGAGAGCAGAGUCAUGCAGGACCUCACCUCUCCUGCUGCAGGACCUCACCUCUCCUGCUGCAGGACGGCCCCCCCCAGCCAUCCUCAGGGCGUGCCCUCUGCUGCUGACUCCCUUCAUCCCCAGAAUCACCUGCUGCUCAACUGUCUAUGACGCACAGAUCAAUUCAUAACAGUAUUUUUCUAACAGAUAAAUCUCUUUUUGUUCUGAGGACUUUUUUUGUGCUAAUGGCAAGGCUACCGAGAGGCAGAUUUAUCAGGAGCCUUCUUAAAAAAAUAAACGUGUUGCUGCUGUAGAUGAGGCUGCAUGAAAUACCACGGAUAGAUAUUUCUUGCUGGAAGUAAAUUGUCGUUAUUGACUGGAGUAGUAAGACAAACAACAAUAUGUGUGUCAGCAUUGUCAGAGGAAGCUGUGGAAGUGAACUUUGCGCAUGCACAGCAAUGAGCACUUCUCUGGCCGCAUCACAAUCAAGGAUGUCUGCAGCACCUUACUUGAGUACAUACGGUAAAGAGUUUUCUCACAUUUUUCUGUCAAGAAAUAGAGCUGGAUCCCUAGAAGAGUGAACGUCUGUGUCUAAAACAAAAAGCUCACAUUUCAGCUUUGACCAAAAAAUGUUAUCAAGAUUUCUCUGUCGUCUUUUUUUCUUUUUCCACAGCUAAUCAUAGAUCAAAUUUGAAUUAAAGAGGAGGUAUAUCUUUUUUAAUUGAUGUUAAAUGUACUAUAAGCAUGCCCGAGCCCCAAACUUAAAUAGGGGUGUGUGCUUCAUGUGUUUUCUUUAAACUCCUGCUCUAAAAGGGAGUCUCCACUCUAUUCCUCUCAUCUCUGUUCUCAUAUACCUCACCCUCUGCCUUAGUUUUGGUUUGCUGAUGACUGUAAAUUAAGAGGAAACAAACUUCAUUUAUUUGUUUCUGAAAACAGACAAUGCUAAGUAAGGAUAUUAAAGUUUUUCCUUUUAUUUUUGUACGUAUGUGCUGUGCACAGCAGUCUACUGUAUUCCUGAGAUAACAAUAAAAGUUUUUUUUUAACUGGU